AUGGCCAUUAAUUAUCCACAUGCGCAGCAUAAUUAUGAUGAGUAUUUAGUUCUCUGGGCCGGUAACCCUAAAGCAGGCUACCAGGGAAUAAGGAGGGAAGAUGACAACGACGAGAUCAAGGCCCUCGGUGUCAUGAUGGCCUUGAAGAGCAAAGAUAGACAGAGGUCAGAUAAACCGAUAAUAGGGCAGAUAGAUGAAAGGGAGGAGGUUGAAGGGGAGGACGUUGAAGGGGAGGAGGUUGAAGGGGAGGAGGUUGAAGGGGAGGAGGUUGAAGGGGAGGAGGUUGAAGGGGAGGAGGUUGAAGGGGAGGAGGUUGAAGGGGAGGAGGUUGAAGGGGAGGAGGUUGAAGGGGAGGAGGUUGAAGGGGAGGAGGUUGAAGGGGAGGAGGUUGAAGGGGAGGAGGUUGAAGGGGAGGAGGUUGAAGGGGAGGAGGUUGAAGGGGAGGAGGUUGAAGGGGAGGAGGUUGAAGGGGAGGAGGUUGAAGGGGAGGAGGUUGAUGAGGAGGCAAUUCCACAUAUCCAUCAAAGAUCCAACGGAACCUCUAAAGAUCCAACGGAACCUCUACGGAUCCAACAGAUCUAUCAAAAAACCAACAUAUACUUUAUAGAACCAACAGAACAUCUUAAGGUGCAACACAGAUCCUUUGGAGAUAACAGCAACAUAACCUCUGUUAGAUCCCACUGA